AAUCAAAUCGGAGAUGAAAUAUCUAUAACCGUUACUUAAAAUCAAGUAACGUUUAAUUCCGUAACGAUUUGGCGGCUAUCGAGAUUUACUUUUAAAGGUCAUAAAUUAGAAAAGUAUGAAGUAAAUAGAAGCUCAAACUAAAGCGUCAAGAAAAAUUAGCACUAUACUGGAAUUAAAUUUGUAAAUGAGUCGUAUGAAAGAAAAAGCUGUUACAUUUAUGCCAAAUGAAAUCAAAAUUCCGAAGCCUCCUAAACAGCCUGAUAAACCAUUACCUGCGUACAUGAGGUAUAGUAGAAAGGUGUGGGAAGCAGUAAAAAUGCAACACCCUGAAAUGAAAAUGUGGGAUAUUGGAAAGUUAAUCGGAGAACAGUGGAGGAACCUUCCUGAAGAUGAAAGGCAAGGAUUUUUUGCAGAAUACGAAGUUGAAAAGCUUGAAUAUCAGGAUGCUAUGAAAUUUUACCAUAAUUCUAAUGCAUACAGAGAGUGGUUAAAAGCUAAAGAAAAAGCGCAAAACGCUUUACAAGAGCAGCAGAUGAUGGAAAAAAUGAUUGGUGCAAAUAUUCCAAAAGAAGAACCAAGAUUUCAACUUCAACAGGUAGACGAUGAAGAAGAAGAAGAAGAUUUUUCUGCAAAGAAUGUAGCAGCUGCAAGAUAUCAACGCAACCAUCGGUUAAUUGCUGAAAUAUUUACAGAAACUUCAGUACCUAAUAUAAAAUCAGUUGUCACAAGAGCAAGGUUAGAAAAUCUCAAAAAGCAAGUUCAGUCACUUAUGCAACAUCAGAGAAAACUGGAAAGUGAAAUUCAAGACAUGGAAACAAAAUUCAAUGAAAAGAAGAGAAAAAUAUUAGAAAAUAGCGAAAAUUUUAUUACUGCUAUGAACAAGGUUCCCAAGUAUUUGGAUAUAAAAGAAAACUCUGUAGAAAAAAUUAAACCAGAGGUUCAAGAUACGCCAUUGGAAUCUGAUGCAAUGAAGAACAGGCUGCUUGAAAGUAGUGAUAAUUUCAUAGCCAAUAUGAAAAAGCUUCUUGAUCCGUCGAAGCCAGAUAACAUAAACUUUGGUAAUACAGAUAACAUAAACUUUGGUAAUACAGAUGAUAACGUGGCAGAUACCGAUAGUAAGUCGUUAUGCGCUCAACUACGCCUCUUCAUCAAAGAUGAGCAAGAUGCAUUGGUAGAAAGAGCAUCAAAGUUUUCCAGCGAUUCUAUAUUACCAACUUCAGAAAAAUAAUCUAACCAUUAUAAUCUUAAAUCUUAAAUAAUUUUAAAUCUAGAAUCUUAAAUAAUCUUAAAAUUUGAAAUUAUUUAAUGUAACAGUUUAUUUUAUAAAACGACAACGUUUUACAUUUGUUAAAGUAAUUUGUAGUAAUUUAUAACCUAAAAAUAUAAACUAAUAAUAAAAAAUUUUAUAAA